CACAUAACAUGGAAUAACUACUCCCCAAGUCAUCAACAGUCGGUACCUUCAAAAGUGAAACGCUUUUUGGGUUUCAAAAAAUUUCUAUUUUUAGGGUUUCAUCAGAUCAAUUUGGGAAAAACUUUUGUGAAAUUUAAUAAUAGCAGUAAUCAAGUUCUUAAUACAUUACACUGAUUUGGGGGUUUUAAACUGAAGAUGGCUAAGGAUGCUGGAUCUGGGAGCAAAAAUAAGGAUAACGGCAGUAAUAACUCAAAGAACAAACUGGUUAGUAAAGGAUCAUCAAGUCGUGACUUGGGAAAGACAGAUAGAUCCACAAGAUCCUCAGUUAGGGAAACCUCAUCGAAACAAAUUGAUAUAAGCUCUGCAAGUAAAAGGAAGUCUGAGCGCCUUGAGAAGCGAACGCCAUCCUCCAUGUCUCCUGCCAAGAGGAAAUCUGGGGGACUUCAACAGCAGAAUACUCCGAGCCCUUUAAGAAGGUCUGAAAGGUGCUCUACUUCAUCAAGGUCCUUAGGCAGCGAAUUCAAUUCUUCUAGUACAAAGGAGGAGAAACGAGAGAAGAUUAUGAAGAAGCUGACAAUGGAAUCUGAAAGUGUUAGCACUAGCAAGAAGAAUAUCACUGCACCUGGUGAUUUAAAAAGGAAAAGAAUGGAUGGCAGAACUUUCAGGUUAUCAUUCAAAAAACAAAAGAAAGGAGGUACUGCAUCAGGUUCAGAUGCUUGUAAAGAUGAUGAUAUUGAUGGGGAGCAUGGUUCUAGAUCUAAAUCUAGUCAGUUGAAUGAAGCAGACCUGGUUGAGCCUGAAGAAAGAAGAAUGCUGUGCAGUGAGCAGAAAAGCCUCCAUAUCCAUCUGAAAGCUGAGAUAGCAAAACUUUUUGGAGUGAUAAAAGUUUCGGAAGUUAUCAAACAUACAGCGGAAAAGUUUCUGGAAUAUAUUAUGGAGAAUCAUCAUGUUAAUAGGGAACCUGAAACUAUUUUACAGGCUUUCCAAAUAUCUCUGUCUUGGACCGCAGCUUCAAUCUUAAAGGAAAAGAUUGACAAAGAUGAUAUAUUCUUGCUCGUAAAACAGCAGUUACAGUUCAGAUGCACUAAAGAAGAGGCAAACAAUGUAUAUCUGAAGAUGCGCUCCUUAAAGAAGAAGUUUUUGCGGAAAUUGGAUCAAAAUGGUAAUGCUUCGAGCUCUUCAAGAUAUUCUAUAUCGCCAGUCAAAUCUGUUGGAGAAGAACCAUAUAAGGGAAGCAUAUCACAAGCUGUGAAAACUGAUAUCAUAGACAGGUUACAAGAUAAAGAGUUAGGUGGAGAAGGCAGUGUGACUCCUACAAAAAAACUUAGGGAUAGUCAAAGGGAUAAGGUCAUUAAGGAGGUUCAGCGUGGACAUGGCAAACGAAUAUCCAUGCUGGAACAAGAGGAACAGGAGAAAAUUGAGGAGUUCCAUAAAAUCUGGGAGAAGAAAAAAGAAGUGCUAGAGGAGGAGCGCAGACUGGAGAUAGCUGUUCUCCAUGCUAUACAUGGUGAGACUGCAGCAACAAAUGAUAGACAAAAAGCAUUAGAAACUUCGUUUGCAAAGAAAAUUGAAGAGCACACAUGCCUAAAGGACCAGCAACUGAAAGAGCUUGAGGCUAAAUACUCUGCCAUGAGGAAUGCGGAAAAUUUAAAUGUCUCUGACAGUAUUCCUAAGACUGUUAUCCCUGUGUGCGGACUUUAUGUUGAGUUACAUGGUCCAGGAAAUGCUGUAUCAGGGUUGCAGGGUGACAUGGAAGCAUCUGAUGCACCUGCAUCUUCUCCAGACGUGUGCCAUGUUCUUCCUGUUCAAACUACUAAUGUUUUAGCAGCUUCAGUUUCAGAAGAGCAAGCUGAGAUCACAUCCAUGGGGAGAGCAGCAGUUUCUGCGGUUAAGCAGUCCUAUGAAGCAGGUAAUUCAGGUGGCAGUGAAGAGGAAAUUGCAUGCAAGGUUCCUCUGCCUCCCAAAGAACAUACUGGUGAAGUUGCAUUGGCCAAGAGAAGUAGAGACUGUUUGGAAAUAUCUGAAGUUGCCCCUAAUGAAGCUGUUGGACCUGAUAAAACUUCUGAAGUAAAUAACACUAUUAAAGAAUUGGUUACAGAAAAUAAUAUGCUGGAAAAUAGUUCUGUUGGAAACCAGAGAGACGAAGUUAACUCCAUUGACGGAAAUCAAAGAACUCCAAAGGAAUUGCCACCAGACUUGCCUGGUGUAGCAGCAGUCCCUUCUUCAGAUGAUGCUAGUUCUUUGGCGCAAACUCCAGUAAACUUAGAUGAAUGUUCCCGGUCUUCAGGAGAUCAUGGAACACGCGAUAACAAUAUGCCACUUAGUGAAAACCAGAUUGGAACACAAACUGAAGCAAUUUUAGCUGGCAGUUUUGAGAAACAGCUCACAGUAGGUGAUGGUGUUCCUAUUGCCACUCACCAUACUCACAGGGAGUGUGGACCUCAAACCCAUGAUGAAAGAAACUCUAUUCCAAUCUCUGGAUCUUCCCCAGCAGAACCUUUACAUCAAGCUGUUUCUCCAGCUGGGGAAAAUCUGGAGCCUUGUGCAUCUGUUUUGGCAGACAUAAGGGUUACCAACAAUCAAUCUAUCUUACCAGAAGUCAGUAGAGUGCAUCCUCAAUCCAUUCCGGAUCCGCGUGCAUGUUCUCGGAAAACUCAAACUGUGUUUCCAGUGGUUCAGGGUUCUGCUGAACUUCCCAGUCAAGCUAAUUUUGCCUUUAUUCAGGGAUCUAGCAACAUGCCAGUGCGUCCUGCCCAUCAGAUUGCCACUCGAAAUUUAGCCUUUCCUUUCCAAGCUGACCCUCUUCAUAUAGAAUGGGAAAGAAUACAUAAAGAAAAAGAACGAGUGACAAAGGGCCUUGAGGAUAUGAAAUUGCAUUUGAAAUCCGAGUGCAAGAAGGAGAUAGAGGAGGUUAUAGCACCAAUUCGUCAGAAAUAUGAAGUAAAGCUUCUGGAGGCUGAGGCAGCAUAUGUUUUGAAGAAGAAGGAGCUUGAUAUGAAUCAGCACAAGAUUCUCAUGAAUAAAGCUCUGGCUGAUUCCUUCAGAUUUACAUGCAUGGAUGCCAACUUUCCUGGGUUUUCAGGUUUACAACAAGUUGCGCCUCCUGGUUAUAUGCAACAUCUACAUCAGGUACGGCAGCAGCAGAGUUUAAGAUCUUCCACAAUUGGUGCUUCGUCCUCCGCUCGCCAGCCUGGGGGGGCCCAGCAGACAUCUGUCUCAACGUCACCCGUUACUAAUCGUUCAGUACAUUCAGGGGAGACUACAUCAAGAUCUGCAUCUGUUGCUGUUUCAUCUUUAUCUAGCCAACCUGCUGCUGUUAUUCGUUCAACAACAUUUUCUGCGGGAACUGUAACCAGGCCGCCUUUCAUUAGCGCAAUUACCCCUUCCAGGGGUAAUCAUCGAUUAGGUGGUGAAGUUCGUGCUCCAGCCCCUCAUCUUCAACGUUUCAAGGGACCCACAUCGAUCCCUGUUAGCAGUUCAUCAAUCCUUCCAAAUGGCAUGCCAGGUCAUCCACGACCCGUUUAUGUAACUGCAUCAUCACCUUCACUUCCGCAGCUUGCAUCUCUACAAUCAACAUUACAAAAUCAAGUACAACUACCCAUAGUGCAACAAGUACCUGUAAAUCUUUCUAAUUCUGGGAAUAUGUCAUUGGACCAUGGACGUGGAGCAGGCUCUGCUAUACAGAAUCCAUCUCUCUCAGCACGGGAAUUGCUUCAAGCAAUGGAGAAUCGAUCUCAUUCACACAGGCCUAGUUUUAUGCCACCUUCACCAGAUAUUGGCUGCAACUUUGGUUCAUUAGAUCUAUCUGAUUUUCAUUCAAUGGGCAGUGUACAGGGAGGUUCUAUCUCUUCAGAGACAGCUACUAAUACUGUUUCGUCCAUUGUUUGUGAAUCAGAGAUUUAUGUUCACCUAAGGAGAAAGAACAUCUCGCAGGUGCCUGUGAGGAAAAAGAAAAGCAUAAGGGACAAGAUUGCAGCUCUGCAAAAGCUAGUUUCUCCUCAUGGCAAUGUUGGCACAGCUUCAGUCCUCCGUGAGACUUAUAACUCUAUCAAGGCUCUUAAAGAUCAGAUUCAGGACUUGUGUAACACGGGAAGCAACAAUAGUUCCCUUUUUCGCUCACAGAAUAGCAGGGUGGAAGAAAUUGAUGUACAAAGAAGAGAUUUUUGCUUGGUUCCAGUGUCACUUGUGCAGAAACUAACAGACGAAGACGUUUACGACCAUGAAAACAGUUCUCUAUAAUUUUUUCAAUGAAGUAAUCUAGUCAUCUUAGUUUCAGUACAGCGAAUAGCUCAUUUUCUUCUCUCUCUCACUUUUUUGUGUUAAAUACUUGAGGAAAUAAUAUGAUCCCGCCUCAGUGAUAUUCUUUCCUCAAAUUCCACUAACUGUAUAGGUCAAUUUUUGAGCUGGUAUGACAGAAGUCAGUUUUUGAAA